AUGAACAAAGCUAAAAAUAGUGGAGCGGUUCCACAGUUUGUUGAUAAUUUCGAAGACUUUUAUAAUAAUGGUGAUGAUAUUUUAAAUAAUAAACAUAAAGAAGAAAUUAAUUUUGUAAAAUAUAGAAUAUUUGACACUCAUUUAAUAAAUUAUAAUAAUAAUAAUAAUAAUAAAAAUAAUAAUAAUAAUAAUAAUAAUAACGAAAAUACCACUAUAACAAAUAAAUUAAAUGAAAUUAAAGAAUAUUUAAUUUUAAAUUAUAUUAAAGAUUAUAUUUGGCAAAAAGAACCAUUUAAUUUAAAAAUUUAUGACCAUAAAAAGAAACAACAGCAACAACAACAACUACCAAUUCAUUUUUAUGGAAAUACUAAAUUUGAAGAAUCAAUUGAUGAUGAAUGGUUUAUAGUUUAUAUUUUAUUAGAAUUAACAAAAAAGUUUCAAUCAUUAAUUGUUUCAAUUAAAGACAAUGAUGGUGAAUUUAUAUUAAUUGAAACUGCUCAAGCAUUACCAAAAUGGAUAAAACCUACAAAUUCUAAUAAUAGAGUUUACUUAAAAAAUGGUGAAAUUCAUAUAAUACCAUUACCUUCGGAUCCUUCUCAAUUAGAUACAAUUCCUUAUAAAAUGGAUACAAAUACUGCUUUAUCAAUAUUAUCAUCAUCUUCAAAUAAUAUUAUUACAAAAGUUUCAAAUGAAAUUAAUGAAAUUUUAAAAAAUAGAUUAAAAAGAUUUUAUAAUGGUGAAUAUUUUUUAAAAGAUCAAAAUCAAAUAAAAUUAGCAGCGAUACCAAUUGAGAUUGGAUAUUUAUUAAAUCAAUAUCCACAAUUAAUAUCAGAUAUAACAACAACAUUUUAUAAUAGAGAUUCAGAUGAUAUGAAAACCAUUAGCACAAUGAAAAGAUUUCCAAUGAGUAGAGAAAGAGACUCGUUUGGUAAUUCAGGUCAAUUGAUAACAACCAAUAUUAGAUUCACUCGUUGUCUUUAUGCAAUGUUAAAACUUCAACAAUGGAAUAGUCCAAAGAAUUUUCAUCCACAAUUACCAAAACCCUCACAUCCAACCUACGAUUCAAGAUCAUUAGGUGUUAAAAUCAUUUGUGGUUUAGAGAUGGUUUAUAAUAGAUCCAAAAGGAAUUCUGUAUCCUCAUAUCAUAGAUUCAAUGAUGAUUUGAAUUGGUUAAACUAUUUAAAACAAUUAAAAUCAAAUAAUUAUUUCAAUGAUGAAACUAUUGGUUCAAAAUUAUAUAAAGAGAAAUUAUUAAUUGCUAAAAAUCAAUAUUUAAAAAAUAAUAUUAAUAAUAAUAAUAAUAAUAAUAAUAAAGAAGAAGAAUCAAUUUAUAAAUUAAUUGAUCAAGUUACAAAUUCAAAAUCAGUUGAUGAAAUGAUAAAAAUUUUACAAGAAUCUGAUAAAAGUAAAAUUGAAUCAGAGGAUGAUUGGUUAAAUGAAGAGAAUCCUGAUAAAUUUGAAGAUUUAAUUACAGAAUUUGAAAAUGAUCGUCAAAAACAACAACAGAAACAACAACAACAACAACAACAACAACAACAAAAUAAAGAAGGUAAAAAAGAAGUUAAAGAAAAUAAUAAUAAUAAUAAUAAUAAUAAUAAUAAUAAUAAUAAUAAUAAUAAUAAUAAUAAUAAUAAUAAUAAUAAUAAUAAUAAUGAUUCAAAUUUAAUAAAUGAUUUUUCGAAUCAAUUCAAAUCAAUGCUUUCUCAACUAUCCUCAUUUGAUGGUGUAGAAUUUAACGAAAAAUCUGGAAAUUCUAAAAAUAAAACUAAAAGUAGUGCUUAUGGUAAUGGUGGUGAUGAUAAUAUUUCAUUUGAUUCAAAUAAAUUCAUGGAUAUACUAAAGGGUUUUACUGAUAAUAACAAAUAUGAUGAUGAUUAUGACGACGAUGAUGACGAUGAUGAUGAUAUGUACCAAGAUAUUGAUAAUUAUGAAGAUAGUGAUGACAAAGAUGAUGAUGAAGAUGAUGAAAAUGAUGAAGAUGAUGAAGAUGAUGGUUUUGAAGAAUAUGAAGAUGAAGAUGAAGAUGAUGAUGAUGAAAAAGAAUUCCAAUAUGUUGAAUUUUUAAAGAAAUCAACCAUAAAACAAUACAUGGAAAGAAUGGAUCAAGAAUUAAAUUUAAAGAUUAUUGCUUCUUCUUUUGAAUUGGAGUCAACCAAAUUACCAAAAGAAUUUGAUGAUAUUGAAAAAAGUAAUAAUAAUAAUAAUAAUAAUAUUAAUAAUAAUGACAAAGAUGUUGAUGAAGAUGAUAAUGAAAAUUAUAAAGUAAAUCAAAAAGUUGAUUUAAAUUUAAAUCUUGUAAAAAAUUUAUUAGAAUCUUUAACUGAACAACAAGGAUUUGCUGGUCCAGCUUCAACUCUAUUAAAAGAAAUGUCUGACAAUAAUUCAAAGAAAAGAGAAAAGAAGAAAACCAGUAGUAAAAAAUUAAUUCCAAAAAAAGGAAAAGUAAAAGAAAAUAAAUAA